AUGGAAGCAAAGCGGCCGAUGAGCCGGAGGAAGCUCACUCGCGCAGGCGAGCAGCUGAAGAGCUUGCUGGAUCCAAUUAUCCUGCCAACUGUGGAUCAGUUCCCACAAAUCACGUGUGGCUUCCUCAUUGCCUUCCACGUUUGUUUCAUCUUGCUUGCAGGUCAGAUUCUGAACCUCUUUUGGAAAUCUGGAAGCCCGGGCAGUCUGCUUCAAGGACCAUAUGAUUUUGUCCGUCAGCUGCCCGGAGCUUCAUCGCCACUUUUCUUUGUGGUGCCCUACGCUGUGACUCAUGUUCUAACCUGCUCUGUGUACCUCCUGUUGGAUUGGUGGAGACCUACCGCGGUCCAGAAGAUGAUGGCGCAGAACCGGCCAGCUGGCGACUGGGGAGGUCCAGAUCUUGGCUUGGCCCGGACAUUGUUGACGCAGCUCUCAGUGCUCCCCUUCACAGGAAGUGUGGCAGCUCUCAUGAUCAUCAGGGGUGGGCCAGUUCCAUACACGAGUCCGUGGGUAGCCACAUGUCUCGACGCUUGUCACCUAGAGUUGCCGGAGCGAGCCCCUUCUGUGGUCGAACUGGUCGUGCACGUUGCCUUCUGCCUGGUAAUUACUGACAUUGCGUACGGCUACCUUCACUGGCAAAUGCAUCGGCACCGAAGCCUCUGGAAACACAUCCACUCCCUACAUCAUGAGUACAAGGAGACGUUUGUUACAGUUGGCCCUCAUGUCCAAUUCAUGGAAUUCCUCUCAGUGUUCACCUUCGGGGUGUUUGCUCCAGCCGCCUGCGGUGCACAUCCGCUGACUUGUUGGGUGUGGUACGUCUUGUUCACCCAGAUGAGCCUUGAGGCCCAUACUGGUUGGCGACAAACUCCGCUCGGUUAUUUGAUGAACUUGUUGACAUUCGGUAACUUCGGUGGCAGCAUGCACCAUCAUUUGCACCAUGCAGUUGUUUGGGGCAACUACGCGCCGUUCUUGACAUACUUGGACCGGCUUGUCGGUACGGAAGUGGAGGAUGUCGGCCACCAGGUCACGGGUGAUGCAGCUCCCCACGCCGCUGUUGAGGUCUUGGAGACAACGUUGUACAAGGAGGUAGACUUUCAGGCUAGCUGUGAAGCAGCCGCUACGCCGAGAUUGGAGGAGCAGAAGGUCCUCCAUUUAAUGGGAUCUGCUGCACGCACCCGAACGCCGCCGCCACGAAAGCUCGACUGA